CAACUCGCUCGUUGGAUGGAACGCGAUAGAAAUUUUAGAGCCGCCCCCCUCUUUUCCCGUCGCUCGUCCUCAUUUUUGUUCUUCUGCUCUCACCUCCACCUGUGAACUGGAUUUACGAAGCUUUUGGAUCCCCGGAGAGGGAGGGGAGGGAGGGAGAGCUGGCGAGAAGGAAGGGAUCUUGGAGAGAGAGGGGAAUUUGGAAAGGCGAUACCUUUCGUGCGAUCGGAGCGGAGGAUUGGGUAUAAAGCUUCGAUAUUUGAGAUUUCCUCUGGGAAUUUCCCCUCUUGACUUGGGAAACUCGAGUUUGACGUGCUUAUCCUACAAAAAAAGGCUUUUGUGGUCGUUGCUGUGAUACAAGUGAAGCUGCUGUUUGUAUGCCUAUUAUUGUCCUCUACUUAACCUGGCUUGUUUGCCCUGUGGCUUUAGUUUGCCUAGAUGUCGUUCCGCAGUAUACUUCGUGAUGUAAGAGAUAGUUUUGAGAGUUUGUCAAGACGUAGUUUUGAGGUGAGGCUUUCAGGCUUUUCGGGUCAUCACAGGGGAAAAUCUCAGGGUUCUGUGCAUGAGCUGCAAGACGAGCCUCCGGUGAUCCAGCAGAGUUGCUGGGCUAGCCUUCCUCCUGAGCUACUUUGUGAUGUAAUUAAAAGGUUGGAAGCAAGUGAAAGUACCUGGCCGUCACGCAAGCAUGUUGUUGCCUGUGCAGCUGUUUGCCGAUCAUGGAGGGAGAUGUGUAAAGAGAUUGUUAGAAGUCCAGAAUUUAAUGGGAAGCUCACUUUCCCAGUAUCCUUGAAGCAGUCUGGGCCUCGAGAUGGGACCAUUCAGUGCUUCAUUAAGAGGGAUAAGUCAAAAUUAACUUAUCAUCUCUACCUGUGCCUCAGCCCUGCUGUGCUUGUUGAGAAUGGAAAGUUCCUACUAUCCGCAAAAAGGAACCGCCGGACAACCUGCACAGAGUACAUUAUAUCUAUGGAUGCUGACACCAUAUCAAGAUCAAGCAACACUUAUAUUGGAAAGUUGAGGUCAAAUUUCCUUGGCACAAAGUUCAUAAUCUAUGACACCCAACCACCAUAUAAUGGGGCUGCCUUAUGCCCGCUCGGACGAACAAGCCGCAGAUUCUACUCCAAGAAAGUGUCUCCAAAGGUCCCAUCUGGCAGUUACAGCAUAGCUCAGGUGACAUAUGAGCUGAAUGUUCUUGGCACAAGAGGCCCUCGGCGGAUGCACAUCAUCAUGCACUCCAUUCCUGCCUCUUCCCUUGAGCCUGGUGGCACAGUCCCUGGCCAACCUGAUCACCUCCUUCCUCGAUCCCUAGAGGAUUCCUUUCGCAGCAUGUCCAAGUCUUCCAUCAUGGACCGCUCUCUGGAUUUCAGCAGCUCUCGCUUCUCUGACAUCACUGGAGGGACCCUGGGGGGAGAUGAAGAGGAUGAGAACAAGGAGAGGCCUCUUGUGCUCCGCAACAAGGCCCCUAGAUGGCAUGAACAGCUGCAGUGCUGGUGCCUCAACUUCCGGGGCCGGGUUACUAUCGCCUCUGUCAAGAACUUCCAGCUCAUUGCUGCAACACAGCCUGCUGCAGGAGCUCCCACACCAUCACAGCCAGCGCCAUCUGAGCAUGACAAGGUCAUACUGCAGUUUGGUAAGGUGGCAAAGGAUAUGUUCACCAUGGACUACCGUUAUCCGCUCUCGGCCUUCCAGGCAUUUGCUAUCUGCUUGAGUAGCUUCGACACCAAGUUGGCUUGUGAAUAGAACAAUGAAAGUGUUAAAAAGGAAUAGGUUACAGAGUGGGCAUCGACAAUUUGCUUUCUGUUUGUUAAUGAUUUUUCUUGAUUGUUAGUGUAUUGGAUAUUAGCCUGCAACUGCAUUUUGAAGCAUUUUUCUAUCAUCUGCUCGCUAAAGUCCUCUGUUAUUGUGACGGUCUCUGGAUGAAGUGAUCAGGUUGGUAGUUC